AUGUCGUGCACUAAGAAGUUUCCAGACCAUUUAAUCAAUCUUAUUAAGAAUUCGAAGUAUGUUCACUUAGCCACAGCUUCGAUUGAUUGCAUUCCAUCUGUCUCUUUGAUGAAUUAUACAUAUAUCCCUUCUGACAAGUCUUUUGAACAAGACAAGUCAAAGAAUGACUACAUCAUCUUUGCUACAUCUGAUGACACCGAAAAAUAUAUCAAUAUAAUCAAUAAUCCAACAGUAGCAUUAUUGUUCCACGAUUGGGUUACUGCAAACAAUUUAUCAGUUAGAAAACAAAGUCUUUCUCAAACCAGUACUCCACAACCAGAAAGUACCCCUCAAGAGCAUCCAAGUAAGUUAUUAAAUUUGUUACAACAACUGAACCAAUCUGAAUUGAAUGAAAUGAGUGCUACAAUCAAGGGUCAUGCAGUUCCUAUCCAACCAAAUACAGAUGAAUCGACUUACUAUAAGAGCUUAUUGCUUAAAACAAAUCCGGAUGCUGAAGUCUUUAUUCUUGGUGAUAACACUGUUAUUGUUAAAGUCAAGAUAGAAAGUGCUAAAGUCACUGACAGCGAAAAUAAUACGAGCGUUUACAAAUGA